AUGGGUUGUUGCAGUUCCAAUUUAAAAGAAAGCCAGCACCAAAAGUUUUGUAUAUUUAUGAAAGAAUGCAUAACAAGAAGCGACUUCAAAGGUAUUGAAUCUCUAGUAAGAUCAAGUAGGGGAGAGACAUGGCUUGAUGAAAAAAUUACAAUUGCUAAAGGGCUUUCUCUUAAUGCUUUAGGGUUCGCGCUCUGGCUGGGGAAAAUAGAUAUUUUUGUAUUUUUACAUACAACUUUUAAAGCUGAUUUAUUACAGUGUGAAUUAAUUUUAGAAAAACAGUCUACAAGCAUACUCGAAAUUAUUUGUAAACAGGGCUAUGGAGAAUUGAUGGAUUAUUAUCUACCGAUUUAUUUAGAAAAUUUUCAUGAUAAUGCUCACUCAAAGGCCGUUGAGAGCUUGACUAUUGAUUUAGAAAAGUCUAAGCUAUAUGAUUACAAGCCUAAAGGAACUUAUACACCUAUCCAAAUAGCUUGUGAAAAAGGCUAUAUUAAUAUAUUGAGCUCUGUGCAUACUUUCUUUAAAGAAUAUCAUUAUUGUCCAAGCCAGCUUGAUAUUGACUAUCAAGAUGAAAAAACUGGCGAAAAUUGUGCUUUGAUAGCUUGUAAACAAGGAAAUUUUUCUAUGAUAAAAUUUUUGCAUGAAGUUUGUUCGGCAAAUUUCAAAGCCAUUAACAGAAAAAAUGAAGGCGCUUUACAAAUCCUUGCAGCAGCAAGCAAGAAAAAACCUGCACAAGGACUGUAUACGUGCUUUGAAUACUUAGUUGAAACUGUCAAGGUUGAUGUUAUGUAUAUGUAUGAGGAAACACUUUUAUUGACUGAUAAUAAAGCUAUUAUAGGAUAUAUAGAAAAUAAAUUGCUUUCUAAAGGAGUCAGAGUAAAAAAGGUAGAAAUUGAAGCAAAAAUAAUGGGAGAAAAUGCUUCGCAAGCAAAUUUUUCAAAUGAUAGUAUUUAUUUAGACUUGAAAAAAUGCUUAGAUAAUGAUGACGAUAAAAAAAGCAUGCCAAGCUCUGUUUUUCCUGUAGAAAAUGAUACAGGUUUUUGUAGUUCUAUAUCUAUCAUAUAA